AUGUCCCAAGACCAGAAGUCACUCAUCAACCCAAAUUCUCAAGGAGCUAGCGUAGGCUUGGAUCGGCUUGAGGAGGUAUUAAUGCGCCUGAAAGCCCAGCUCACUGCAGUUACCACUAACGGCCCGCGGCGAACACCAAACCGUCGCCGUACUUCCUCCGUUUCCCACACCCGCCGUUCACAAUCUCCAAGUAGCGUCUGCUGGUAUCACCAACAAUUUGGAGGAGCAGAUCGACGAUGUCUUCAGCCAUGCUCUUUCAAGGCAUCUGUAACGGCCUCAGGGAGACAAUCCCACCCGACAGUAGAGGCCAUUGCUACUGAAAGCGUUGCCAAUGUUCACACUCGCCGUUUGUUUCUCUGGGACCGUAUCGCUGGCGCCAAAUUCCUUGUCGACUCUGGUGCCGAGGUUAGCGUGGUUCCACCAACGCCGGCCGAACGUAAAACCCGCAGCUCUUUUUGUCUAACAGCUGCCAACAACUCCAGCAUCCCCACCUUUGGACAGCGCUCCAUCACACUUGAUUUGGGCCUUCGUCGAAUUUUCCGAUGGGUUUUCAUUAUUGCCGACGUCUCCGUCGCCCUCAUAGGUGCCGAUUUCCUAGCUCACUUCAAUCUACUAGUUGAUUUGAAGAAACGCCGACUCGUCGACUGCAUUACCGACCUUCAUGCCCGUUGUCAAUCCGAUGUGAACCUCUGCGUCAACCCUCUCACUGUUAUGCCCAUCUCUGACUGUCCUUUCCACUCACGCCUCAGGCAGUUCCCCCGCCUGACCAACACCUCAUUUCGAGAAGUGGACAUCAAACACACAGUCACCCACCACAUUUCCACCACCGGACCUCCCGAAUCUUGCCGACCACGCCGUCUUGCUCCGGACCGUUUGAAGAUUGCCAAGGCAGAGUUCGAACACAUGCUCGAGCUCGGCAUCAUCCGACAGUCCGACAGCUGCUGGGCAUCACCCCUCCAUCUUGUCCCCAAGAAGAGCGGCGACUGGCGACCGUGUGGUGACUAUCGGGCGUUGAACUCAGCGACGGUCCCCGACCAGUAUCCCGUCCCGCACAUCCAAGACUUCACUCUUUCGCUACAUGGUAAGCGAAUAUUCUCUAAGAUCGACCUUGUGCGUGCCUACCACCAAAUCCCGAUCGAGGCCAGUGAUGUUCCGAAGACUGCAGUGACCACUCCCUUUGGGUUAUUCGAAUUUACUCGUAUGCCCUUUGGUCUGAGGAACGCCACUCAAACCUUUCAGCGAUUCAUUGAUCAGGUUCUGCGAGGUCUCGACUUCGUCUACGCCUACAUUGAUGAUUUGCUGGUGGCUAGUUCUGAGUUCGAACGACUCGACUCCUUCGGCGUUGUAAUAAAUGCUGCUAAAUGUGAAUUUGGAGUCCCCAGCCUUAUCUUUCUUGGUCACGAAGUGAACUCAGAUGGGAUAAAGCCCGUCCCGGAAAAAGUUUCGGCCAUAUCAACGUUCCCCGUCCCGGCAACCAUCAACCAACUACGCCGAUUCUUGGGGAUGGUGAACUACUAUCACCGUUUUCUUCCCCAUGGUGCCACCAUACUGCAGCCUCUCAACAGCCUGUUGAUCCACUCCAAGAAGACACUGGUAAUGACCGAGGAGGCCGUCAGGUCCUUCAAUGACGUCAAGGCCGCACUUGCGGACGCAACAUUGCUUGCCCAUCCUCGCUCAGAUGCCCAGCUAACUCUCAUGGCAGAUGCUUCCAGCACUGCCGUUGGUGCUUCACUUCAGCAAACUGUUGGUGGUGUUCUACAGCCUUUGGCUUUCUUCUCGAAGAAGCUUAGCCCUGCAGAGACCCGCUACAGUGUCUUCGGCCGAGAACUCCUUGCCGUUUAUCUAUCCAUCCGGCACUUCCGCCAUUUCCUUGAGGGUCGUGAAUUUGUUGUUCUCACUGAUCACAAGCCACUCGUUUUUGCACUGAGGGCCUCUCCCGAUCGCUACUCGCCCCGUGAAAUUCGUCAUCUCGACUUCAUCUCACAGUUUUCCUGCGACAUCCAACAUGUCCAUGGUAAGGAAAAUGUGGUUGCUGAUGCUCUUUCAAGAAUCGAGAUGGCUUCCAUCACAACAGACGCCAUAGACUUCACGCUCAUGGCUGAGGCUCAACGAUUGGAUGGCGAACUCCCCCAAUACCGCCACGAGAACUCUUCUUUACGCCUUCAAGAUGUCCCCUUCCCACUGGCACAGGCACCAUCACGUGUGACCUUUCUACCGGACACGAACGUCCUUUUGUUCCAGCAACUUUACGACGACGAGUGUUCAACGCUCUUCACAAUCAAUCCCACCCUGGAGUCCGGGCGACAGUGA